CUAGCACACACAUCCCACCUUAAAGUGACAACUCCUGCCGGUCUCUCCAUUUUAGGGAUAUUUUGCAGCCCCCCCCAAACAAAUCACACACCCCUGGAUUCUUUUUUUCCUCUGCUUUUCGCCUCCUGCUUAACUUUGCGUUGAAGUCAGACAAGUCCAGCCAAAGACUUUGGAGGAAAGCAAACUCACCUUGCACCUUGUGCUGCUGCUCGCCACUGGCUUUUUGCCUCGCUGCCCUACAAGCCUGCUCCAGGAGAGAGCUGUAGUUAUGCCAUGCACCUGCCGCCCUGAGAUUUGCUCCUGUGCCCGGGAAGGCUGCUGAAGGGAACUCGUUCCAAGCUUCCUGACUUGCCUCUGCCUUCGCCCCACGCUGCCCGCACUGCUGCCAUUCCUGCCUCCAGCUCCAGCAGCAGAGGGGGAGAGGGGAGUACAGCGCAGCUCAGACCCUCCACCUGAUUUUCUUCAAGUCUUGAAGUUCAGUCCAGAGGCGAAACGGCGACUACAGCCGAAUUCCUCCCCUUCAUUUGCCUCCCCAUGGAUAUGCACUGCAAGGCAGAUCCCUUCUCGGCCAUGCACCCAGGGCAUGGGGGUGUGAACCAGCUCGGGGGGGUAUUUGUCAAUGGCAGACCCCUACCUGAUGUGGUGAGACAGAGGAUAGUGGAACUGGCCCAUCAAGGAGUGAGACCCUGUGAUAUUUCCAGGCAGCUGAGGGUCAGCCAUGGAUGUGUGAGCAAGAUCCUGGGCAGGUACUAUGAGACGGGGAGCAUUAAACCUGGAGUUAUUGGCGGAUCCAAACCCAAGGUUGCUACUCCCAAGGUUGUCGACAAAAUCGCUGAGUACAAGAGACAAAACCCUACAAUGUUUGCUUGGGAAAUCCGGGACAGGCUUUUGGCUGAAGGAAUCUGUGACAAUGACACCGUGCCCAGUGUGUCCUCCAUAAACAGCAAACAGACUUAAAGCCGCAAAUAAGCCAGCCAUUCUCGCACGUGUAAAACUGGUCAGGAUUACGAGGCGUUUACGUAGGAUUCUUCUCGUAACCCAAACUUUGAUUGACAAACAGAAAACACUUUGUGAGGAACCCCUUUUCCUGCUUGUUCACUGGCAAUUACUGGCUUUAAUGGAUUAAAAAAAAAAAAAAA